AUGGCAACUACUACCAAUUUAACACUAGAUAACGAUAACAGUGCACCACCAACAGUGUGGGUAUCAGAUGAAUGCGAUUUUCCGGGAAUAGUUAAUAAUAAACUCCAAGGAUGUAGUGUACAUCCAAAAGCACGAUAUGUCUAUAUAGUCGCUCUAAUUUAUGCCUCUAUCAUAUUGUUAACUUCGCUGGCAUUAUCAUACUAUCGAAUUGUUUUCCAAUGUCGGUUGUUGCGGUUUCCUCUUUCACGGAGACGAGGGAUUUUACGAUUUCGACCAUUAGAGGCUUUUCAAAUUUGUGCAGUUUCUUUUGCUUUAAUCACGAUAAUUGAUGCCAUCUGUUUGCUAGCAAAUUUAUAUCCAAAUACAAGCUGGGCGUUAGUCGGAGGACAUCUUCCCUUCAUUGUUGGAUUUUCUUUGGCAACACUGUAUCCAAUUGUAUACUCCUCCUCAAGCGCCGAUGAAUCUCUCUCUAAAGAAUCAAUAAUAUACAACAAAUACCUCAUCGACACAAUCGGGUUCAUCUUUCUUAUCGGGCCAGUGAUUACCAUUCUUCCCAUACGAUGGAUUAAAGGCGAAUACUUGAUGGAACGAAAUCUGACAGCAGCAAAAAUCAUGGCAAAAUGGAACACGGCAAUAUGGAGCACUUGGACGAUACUGUUUCUGACAGUGCUUUGGUCGUUUUGGUUGAAAUUACACACCAUAUUAAAAGUUUAUCUUGUUCGGCUGAGAGAACGCGUGUUAUAUGGAGAUGAGUAUCGACUACAAAAGAUUUCGGACGUUUCUAAACACGCAAUCGUUCUCUCGCUUACGUUACUCGUCAUCAUCGAAGCGGGGUUAACUGUCUUUCGAAAUCUAUAUCGAAAAGAGGAUAAAGUCAGAAUGUUCUUUAUGGUAUUUGAUGUUUUUGAAGGGCUAAUCGGAAUACAAUUCGGACAGAUUAUUAUGUUUCGCAGUGUAUUCCGAAGUGUUCCACCGUAUUUCACGGAACUCAAAAUAUAA